AGAGAAAGAGAGAAAUAUUCGUAGAGAGAAAUAUUUAUAGAGAGAAAAUGUCAGGAAGAGGGAAAGGAGGAAAGGGAGGAGCAAAGAGGCAUAGAAAAGUAUUGAGAGAUAACAUCCAAGGUAUUACUAAACCAGCGAUAAGAAUAUUAGCAAGAAGAUGUGGUGUUAAACGAAUCAGUGGAUUGAUUCAUGAAGAAACAAGAGGUGUUCUUAAGAUCUUCUUAGAGAAUGUGAUUCGUGAUGAUGUUACGUACACUGAACAUGCUAGAAGAAAGACUGUUACUGCUAUGGAUGUUGUCUAUGCUCUUAAUAGACAAGGAAGAACCCUCUAUAAAUUUGGGGGUUAGGGUUUGAUUUUUCGCUGUUUUUGUAAAGAAUGUUUGAGAUUAGGAUUAAUUUUUUUUCCUCUUUUCUUUCGGGUUUAAAUGUAUUUGGAAAUGUACUUAAUCCAAUAUUUUCUCUCAUUUUCAAUUUCUCCAAUCAACAAAUCCAAU